AUUAUUACCUUCCAGCAUCCGAGCCAAUCAAGAGCAGCGGAGACGAGAGCCAGCGAACAGGAGCCCAUAUAGAUUUUCAGUCUAUCCUCAGGCAAAGAGGACAGCGUGUUUAUUGAAUCAGUGUGUCAGGGAGAAGGAACGGAAGUGGUUUCUUUGGGAGAGACAGCUCAUCCUUUCUUGUGUUUGCCGAGUUGUUGUGGGUGAAAGCAGAUGGAGAAGAUGAACCACAGCUCAGCUGAGGCGGAGGCUGAAGCCGUAGAGCCGCUGCGUUACCUCAGCAAAGGGGAGGCAACUGCGAUCGAGUCAGAGCUACUGAAGGACUACAGGUUCGGACAACAGCAGCUGAUAGAGAUUUGGGGACAGGCAUGCGCCAUCGCCAUCACAAAGGCUUACCCUCUCGGCUCAUUAACAAAGAAGCAACCGACGGUGCUGGUGAUCUGUGGUCCAGAUCAACACGGCUCCAUCGGCCUCGUCUGUGCACGACACCUGCGCAUAUUUAACUAUGAGCCCACCAUCUACCACCCCAAACGCUCGUCUCACAGUCUGCACCAGGAUUUCACAGUUCAGUGUGAGAAGAUGGACAUCCCCUUCCUUUCCUAUCUCCCGACAGAGGUGCAGCUCAUAAAUGAUGCCUACAACCUUGUGAUUGAUGCCAUGCUGGGCACUGAGGCCGACUGUUCCAACAUCAAGGAACCAUAUUCUGGUAUUCUGGUCACGCUGAAGCAAGUCAAGACUCCCAUAGCCAGCGUGGAUGUGCCCUCAGGUUGGGAUGUAGAAGAAGCAAAACAGGAUGGGAUAAACCCAGAAGUCCUCAUCUCACUCACGGCACCGAAGAAGUGCGCUAUGAAUUUCUCUGGGAAGCAUUUUUUAGCCGGACGCUUCCUGCCUUAUGACAUUCAGAAAAAAUACGAGCUUAAUCUCCCAGACUUUCCUGGUUCAGACUGUCUCAUAGAAUUGUAACAAAUGGAAACACAAGAGCCAGUGUGGCCGCCGCUCCCAUGUUUGGAUUUUAUAGAUUGUUCAUGUGAUUUAUUGUUAACAUCUCAGUUGUUUAGAUCUGGACAUAUUAGCCAAAUGUGCUGUUGAGCUAGAGAGGGGGAUAUUAAGAAACCAUGUCUUGAAUAAUGUCUUUUAGGGAACGUUAUAAGGAGUCUAGUAUCAGUUGAUUUGUAAAAAGCUGUAGCAUUGCACUGUUUUCUGAUCUCCAGAGUCAGCAAAGAGAGUCAUUUUUUAUGAUGCCAUUCCCCCACAUAGCAAGAUAUGUUAAAUCAAUGUUGAAUUAUGGUCAAAAAGGUUGAUUUUUGGUUGAAGUCCUCGAUUGAUGCUGGAUCAAACAUCAAUCAAUCAUCCAAUUCUAAUGCCAACGUGUAAUCAAUGUUGAAUCCACGUAUUCUGUAAUUUACGGACCUGGCUUCAACAUGGCUUCAACAUGGAAUCAAUGUUUCUACCUAACCAUAUUUCAACGUUGAUUCACUCCUAUUUUGCUAUCGGGGCCCCCAAAAAACUAAUUUCAAUGUUCCAGCAAGUUUUCAUGGUUACCUUGCAUUUAUAUUACUACUUGAGUGGGCUGCUGAGAUGACAUGGUGUAUGCUGGUGAUUUAAAAUUUUGUGUUAAUGUGAAUUGUUUGGUUGGCCUGUACCUCUACAUUACCUUUGUUUUGGUUACCUCAUUUGCUUAAAAAAAAAAAAAAAGGCAAAGAAA